UUCCAGGACACUUUGAUCAGAUGUCUGGCGGACAGGAUCCAGUCCAGGAUUUCUUCCAGCCUAUGCUUCACGUUUCAGGAGCCCAGGCCAGCUCUGGCUUCCUAUUCCUACUCCAGCAGCCUUAUCUUUUUGGGGGCAGGAGUUGUUAGCACAGUUUAUCUUGCUCGCUUGGAGUCCUCCCUCGGCUGAGACAUGCACUCCGGUGCCGCCUGCUUUUUUUUUCCUCUCUCUCUCUCUUUUAUGUUUUCUUCUUGUUGUUUUUCUUUUUAAAUGUGUCAAGUGAAGAGUUCCUCUUCCCCCCUCUCCCUUUCCCCUCCAAAGAACCACCCUCCAGUUCAUUAAAACGCUGGGACUGUUUUGCUCCUGUACCAGAGGGGAGAGUGAACCUGUGCCUGCAUGCGUGUGUGUGUAAAAUAGAUCCAAAAAUGUCCAUGAACAGCAGGAAAAGUUCUGGGAGACCGUCCUACUACUACCGACUGCUCCGGAGGUCCCGACUGCAGAGACAGCGCAGCAGAUCCCGCAGCCGGAACAGGCUUAGCAGGGAGUCGCCCCCGGAGCGCUGCGGGCAGAGGCGCAGCAUGCCCAGCGGCAUCUCGGAGAAGAACCCCAGCAUGGAGCCCGCGGCCACCACGCCCUUCCGCGUCACGGGGUUCCUCAGCCGUCGGCUUAAAGGCUCCAUCAAAAGGACAAAGAGCCAACCGAAGCUCGAUAGGAACAGCAGCUUCCGGCACAUUUUACCUGGCUUCAGGAGCGUGGACCAUGAAAGAUCCCAUCUAAUGCCGAGGCUGAAGGAGUCGCGCUCCCACGAGUCCCUGCUCAGUCCCAGUAGUGCUGUUGAGGCUCUGGAUCUCAGCAUGGAGGAGGAGGUGGUCAUCAAGCCAGUCCACAGUAGCAUCCUGGGACAAGACUACUGCUUUGAGGUGACGACUUCAUCAGGAAGUAAAUGCUUCUCGUGUCGUUCGGCAGCAGAGCGAGAUAAAUGGAUGGAGAACCUGCGGCGUGCCGUGCACCCCAACAAGGACAACAGCAGAAGGGUAGAAAAUAUGUUGAAGUUAUGGAUUAUUGAAGCCAAGGACCUGCCAGCUAAGAAAAAGUACUUGUGUGAAUUGUGCCUGGAUGACGUUCUUUAUGCACGAACUACCUGUAAAUUGAAAACUGAUAAUGUCUUUUGGGGGGAGCACUUUGAAUUUAAUAAUCUCCCAUCGCUCAAAAACAUUACUGUGCACUUAUACAAAGAGACUGACAAGAAGAAGAAGAAGGACAAGACCAACUUCAUUGGGCAGGUGAACAUCCCGGUGAGCUCGGUGACGGGCCGGCAGUUCGUGGAGAAAUGGUACCCAGUGGUGAGCCCCAACCCUGGCAAGGGCAAGUCCCCAGGGCCCAUGAUCCGCAUCAAGUCCCGCUACCAGAGCAUGAGCAUCCUCCCCAUGGAGAUGUACAAGGAGUUUGCUGAGUACAUCACCAACAACUACAUGGUGCUGUGCUCGGUGCUGGAGCCCUCGCUGAGCGUGAAGAACAAGGAGGAGAUGGCGUCAGCACUGGUGCACAUCCUGCAGAGCACGGGCAAGGCCAAGGAUUUCUUGACUGACCUGAUGAUGUCUGAAGUUGAUCGCUGUGGUGAGAAUGAGCAUCUCAUUUUCAGGGAGAACACACUGGCCACCAAAGCAAUCGAAGAAUACCUGAAGCUGGUGGGGCAGAAAUACUUACAAGAUGCCUUAGGGGAGUUCAUCAAGGCACUGUAUGAAUCAGAUGAAAAUUGUGAGGUGGAUCCCAGCAAAUGUUCAUCUUCGGACCUCCCCGAACAUCAGGGCAACCUGAAGAUGUGCUGUGAGUUGGCCUUCUGCAAGAUCAUCAACUCCUACUGUGUCUUCCCAAGAGAGCUCAAAGAAGUUUUUGCCUCGUGGAGACAGGAGUGCAGCAACCGAGGCCGCCCCGACAUCAGCGAGCGGCUGAUCAGCGCCUCCCUGUUCCUGCGCUUCCUGUGCCCGGCCAUCAUGUCCCCGUCCCUGUUCAGCCUGCUCCAGGAGUACCCCGACGACCGCACCGCGCGCACUUUGACCCUCAUCGCCAAGGUCACCCAGAACCUCGCCAACUUUGCCAAGUUUGGCAGCAAAGAGGAAUACAUGUCCUUUAUGAAUCAGUUCCUGGAACAUGAAUGGACUAACAUGCAGAGAUUUCUCCUGGAGAUUUCCAAUCCUGAAACCAUCUCAAACACAGCUGGCUUUGAGGGCUACAUUGACCUGGGCCGGGAACUGUCCACAUUGCACUCACUACUCUGGGAAGUCAUUUCCCAACUGGAGCAGGGCACUGCCACCAAACUGGGGCCUCUGCCCCGGAUCCUGCGGGACGUCAACGCCGCUCUCAGUAACCCGGCCUGCGUGCAGGUGUCGGUCACGGCUGAGCACGCCGCCUCCACGCCCAGUGCUGGCAACAGCAUCUCUGCAGGGCUGCAGAAAAUGGUCAUAGAGAAUGACUUAUCUGGUCUGAUAGAUUUCACACGGUUACCAUCUCCAACCCCUGAAAACAAGGACUUGUUUUUUGUCACAAGGUCUGCUGGGGCCCAGCCCUCGCCUGCCCGAAGUUCCAGUUACUCAGAGGCCAAUGAGCCCGACGUGCAGAUGUCUAAUGGCAGCAAGAGUUUGUCCAUGGUGGACUUGCAGGACAAUCGGCUCUUGGACAGCGGGGCCAACGCGCCCGGCACAGCCGACUCGCUCAAUGACAGUCAGUCGUCCCUGGGGCAGUUGCAGGGCGUUUGGAGCACACGGACUCAGCAGAACAGCGUGACGGGCAUGGCCACCGUGCGCCGGGUGGGCCAGACCCCCACCACGCCGAGCGGCGAGAGCGCGCCCGGCCGGCCGCAGCUGCUGGCGCCGCUGUCCUUCCAGAACCCCGUGUACCAGAUGGCCGCCGGGCUGCCGCUGUCCCCCCGCGGCCUGGGCGACUCCGGCUCCGAGUGCCACAGCUCGCUCAGCUCCCACAGCAACAGCGAGGAGCUGACGGCCAACAAGCACGGCUUCGCCGGCCCCGCCGCCGGCGAGGACUUCUCGCGCCGGCCGGGGGAGCUGGCCCGGCGGCAGCUGUCACUGACCGAGAAGGGCGGCCAGCCCACGAUGCCGCGGCAGAACAGCGGGCCGCAGCGCCGCAUCGACCAGCCGCCCCCGCCACCCCCGCCCGUCAGCCGCGGCCGCACGCCGCCCUCCCUGCUGAACACGGUGCAGUACCAGCGACCUUCCAGCGGCAGCAUGAUGUCCUCAUCGCCCGACUGGCCCGGCAGCGGGGCGCGGCUCCGGCAGCAGUCCUCCUCCUCCAAGGGUGACAGCCCCGAGAUGAAGCAGCGCACGAUGCACAAACAGGCCCCUUCUCCUGUGAACCCCAAUGCCCUGGACCGCACUGCUGCUUGGCUUUUGAAUAUGAACAUGCAGUUUUUAGAAGAUGAAAGCAUUGACCCAGAUUCCAAGCACAGGGAUAAGCUCAGGAAUAAGGACGAGCUCAGCCAAGCAGAAAAGUACCAGCAGGACCUGGUGGUGCUGCAGGACAAGCUCCGCAUCUCCAACAAGAAGCUGGAGGAAUAUGAGACUCGCUUCAAAUGCCAGGAGGAGACCACGCAGAAGCUGGUGCUGGAGUACCAGGCCAGGCUGGAGGAGAGCGAGGAGCGGCUCCGGAGGCAGCAGGAGGAUAAGGAGAUCCAGAUGAAGGGCAUCAUCAGCAGACUGAUGUCAGUUGAGGAGGAGUUAAAGAAGGACCACGCUGAAAUGCAGGCUGCUGUGGAUUCCAAGCAGAAGAUUAUUGAUGCACAGGAGAAACGCAUUGCUUCCCUGGAUGCUGCCAACGCACGGCUAAUGAGUGCCCUUACUCAGCUGAAAGAGAGGUACAGCAUGCAGACACGUAAUGGGAUCUCCCCCACAAACCCAACUAAAUUGCAGAUUACAGAGAAUGGAGAAUUCAGAAACAGCAGUAAUUGUUAACGCGCGGAGGGCGCUGCCGCAGGAGAGGCCUGGCCGGAGGGACCGUGCGCAGCAGGCGUGAGCCGCGGCUUCAGAGAACGGCUGCUCCCCGAGCACCAGCUCCUUACUGCGGACGGCGCCGACUGACCCUGCUGGGAGAU